AUGAGGCUUUUUUGUUUUCCGUUUGCCGGAGGUAAUGCUUUUACCUACAGAACUUGGAGCAAUAUAUUUCCGAAUCAUGUAGAAGUUUGUCCGGUUAAUUUACCGGGAAGAGCAAUGCGGAUCGGCGAAACAGGUUUUACGGAUUUACAUAAAUUAACGGAAGUGAUAGUUGGAGAAAUGCGGGAAUUUUUGGAUCGUCCAUUCGCAAUUUUCGGCUAUAGUAUGGGCGCAAUUAUCGGCUUCGAGAUUUCAAGACUUCUUCAAAAAUAUGACAUUUUCCCACAACAUUUGUUCGUAGCCGCAUCCCGCCCGCCUCAAUUAGCAUCGCGUAAUCCUAUCAUUCAUAAUCUUCCGACGGAUGAGUUUAUAGACGAAGUAUUAAAACUCAAUGGAACGCCGAAGGAAUUUCUCGAAAAUAAAGAACUAUUCGAAUUAAUGCUUCCUCUCUUGAGAACUGAUUUUGAAUUAAUAGAAACUUAUAAAUAUGUCGAAGGUCAAAAACUUAAAUGUCCGAUAUUUGCUUUUGGAGGAGAUGAAGACGAAGAGGUUUCUGAGGUCGAAUUGAUACAAUGGGCGGAGCAAACUCAAGCCGCGUUCGGUCAUCGAAUUCUUCAAGGUAAUCACUUUUUUAUUAACUCAAAA